AUGAACGCUCCCAACAGAUACGAGCUGUACACUCUAGGCGAGGGUGAAUCAAAGUUACUCAUUGAUGAAGAUACAAAGAUCCCCAAUGCAUGUACUGUAACUGUCAACAAAGAAGAUCACACCCUGGCCAAUAUGCUAAGAUCACAAUUGCUGCAGUCGCCCAAUGUGAUUUUUGCGGGCUACAAAGUGCCCCAUCCGUUAGAGCCACGAUUCAUCAUCAAGGUCCAGACGGACGGCACCCAGACGCCGAUCCAAGCAAUCCAAGAGGCGGUCAAGACACUCAUCUUGACCUUGGACAAGAUGCGGAACUUGUUACAGAACGAGUUCCGCUUGGCCAAGACGGUCGGAGUGGGCGAAAUGAUGAUCGAUGGCUCUGGCUCGGCUGCUCCUCACCUCGACGACAGUCUUGCUCACGCCAACGGAUCGCAUCCUAAUCCUUCUAAUCCGAACCAUUCCGGGUUCGGCUCCUCGGGAGCUCAAGGCGGCGGUUAUUCUAAUUCUAACGGCCUGAAUUAUUCGACCGGUAGUUUCAACUUUUAA